AUAUCGAUAUAUGCGCUCAAAUAUUUUUCUCAUUGUUACUUGUUUUAAUAGCUCUUUUUUUAAUCUUCACCCCCAAAAUGUUUCCUCAGGAGCAGCCAGACAGAUCUGGAAGUAGGUGCCCCUUCCGCGGAUGGGACUUUUACUUUCCCACAACUGAGUAUUCUGAUCUUUUACCUCAAGUUACUCUCAUCCGCUCUUAUAUACAAUUUUUUAAAGAGUGUGACGUUUGUCGCUAUAGGGAGAGUUUAGAAGACUCUGUUCUAAUUGUUUUUGAAGAACUUUUAGGAUGCAAACAUCCAAACGCGCCUAAGCCUACGGAUAUUCGAGACCAUCCAGCACUUAUUAUACCCUCUCUAGGCCUCGCUUUAUAUGAGUUAGAAAGUACCAAACAAGUUAACUUUCCUCAUAUAAAUUUGCGCCUUGUGGGUUACGAGCCCUUAACAAAGUUUCGGGAUCUGAAAUCGAACAUGAUAGGAAAGUUCAUUUCUCUCAAAGGCACGGUGGUCCGGAUCGGAUCGGUUCGGCCCCUUGUUCAAAAAAUGGCAUUUCUGUGCACUUCCUGCGAGACGACGCAAGUUCUGACUUUAUCUGAAGGGAAGUACGAUGUCCCGAGAAGAUGCCGCGGGUACCAGUGCCGCUCCAGAAACUUUACGCCACUACACACUUCUGGGGAUGUGCAGACCAUUGACUCUCAAAUAAUAAAAAUCCAAGAGAUUUUACAGAGCGAGGGCGAUGACAAUGGCCGUAUCCCGCGCACUCUGGAGUGCGAGCUUACUUCCGACCUCGUUGGGUCGUGCAUACCCGGCGACGUCGUUGCCGUUAGCGGCGAGGUUAAGGUCAUCAGUUCUAACGAAGGAAAGGGAAAAGGAAAGCAGAAUACCUUUCUGAUCUAUUUAUCGGUCAAUGCCGUGGAGAAGACCGCGUGCAUUGGGGAAGACGGCCUGGCAGAUUUCACUAAAGCGGAUAUGUACGCCAUCUCAGAAAUCCAAGAGCAGCCUGACGUCUUUCGCUUGAUCGUGCACUCGCUCUGCCCAGCUAUUUACGGACAUGAGCUGGUCAAAGCAGGAUUGGUUCUCUCUUUAUUUUCCUCCGACCAGAAAUAUGCGGAUGAUGCUAAUAAAAUUGCAGUGCGAGGCGACCCGCACGUUCUAGUAGUUGGGGACCCUGGCUUGGGAAAAAGUCAGCUACUCCGCGCUGUGGCCAAUGUCUCCCCCCGCGGCAUUUAUGUUUGCGGUAAUACGGCGAGCGCAGCGGGGCUAACUGUGACUCUUGUGCGGGAGCCCGGCUCCAGCGAGUAUGCUCUGGAAGCGGGCGCUCUUGUUCUUGCGGAUCAAGGCAUCUGUUGCAUUGACGAAUUCGACAAAAUGGGCCACGAGCACGAGUCUUUACUGGAAGCCAUGGAACUCCAGAGCGUGAGCAUUGCCAAGGCCGGGAUUGUUAGCACAUUGCCAGCGCGCGCGUCUCUCGUGGCCGCCGCUAAUCCUGCAGGGGGACAUUACGAUAAACGAAAGACGGUCUCUGAGAAUCUGAAGAUGUCUAGCGCGUUGCUUUCUCGUUUUGAUCUUAUUUUCAUUCUUCUGGAUAAACCAAACGAGCAAAUGGACCAACUUCUCUCGGAGCACGUUAUGUCCUUGCACAGAAACAAGAGUAGUUCGUAUGUUGCCCGAAGCAAACGACCGUUCCAGGAAGGAGAAAUAUUCCCGCAAGUCAGUUUGUUGCGUCGCUUCUCGCUCCAUGACCAUGAAGUGGUUGAUCAUAUCCCGAGCUCGAUUCUACGGAAAUAUAUACUGUAUGCUCGUAACUAUUGUCACCCACGCUUAUCACGGAGGCUCAAAAAGAAAUUCAGGAAUACUACUUAAAACUGCGCCAGAAUUGCCCACCGCUUGGCGGUGCUCCCAUCACUACCCGCCAAUUGGAAUCACUGAUUCGUCUUGCAGAGGCUCGUUCCCGCGUGGAACUUCGGGAAACUGUUACCUAUCAGGACGCGCGUGACAUUAUCGAGAUUAUGGACCAUACCUUGUUGAAUUCCUGCGAACGCGAGCUCAACUACGGAUUCACGUGCUCUCCAUUUCCAAUGGCUGGCACGGGCCCUCAGAAAAACAAGCAGAAGGCCAAAAGAUUUAUAGCGGAGCUAAGUCGUCAGGCUAAGGAGAAUCUGAACUCGCUAUUUACGUUAGAGCAACUCAAGCAGACGGCAGGCUCUUUAUCUCUGCACUUGGAAGGCUUCGAAGAGUUUGUCGGGCACCUGAACCAGGAGGGAUAUCUACUUAAGAAGGGGCCGCACAUAUAUCAGCUGCAGACUGUAUGACGAGUCCACACGCUUUUUUUCCUUUGAGUCUCGCUUCAAACGCACGAACUAUAUUUUUAAUAAAUGCAGCGGUUAU